ACUGAUUCCGAUUGCGCAUUUUAAUUUGGUGCACCGUUACGUCUCCCUUCGAGUUGAACACGCCGUCGCCACCGCCGUCGAGACUUGAUCGCAGUUAGCUUUUCUUUAUUUCUCCCUUCUCAACUAACCCCAUACGAAUUUCACUCACGACUCCACAAAUAGUCAAAUACCAUUAAAAAAACUUAUUGCUUUUCCAUUUUCCGCUUCUUCACCUUCUCAUUUCACUCCUUUUUUCCCAGUACUUUAAUCAAAUUCAUGGAGGCGACAUAUUGUGCCGGUGUUCUUUCCCGUGGCAAGCUCCCUGUUUCGAAUCUCCGCAAAUCUGAUCAUGGGUUUCAGAGGUUAACUUCUCAGAGAAAAGCAAUUGCGUCGGUUUCAUGUCAUUUGUCUAAUGGGUUAGGUGAAUCGAGCUGUAAAAGUCAUGGGUUUCACGGGGGAUCAUAUCAUGGCGGCGCUGUUGGGAAGGGGAAGGAUCCAAUUCUGCAGACACGCUGCUCCGCCGGGGUCUCUAUGUAUGGAGAAAGUUUUCUGGAAUCUCAUUCACAUGCCACCGAGGAUAAAAUUGGAGUCUUGCUUCUGAAUCUUGGAGGGCCUGAAACACUUCACGAUGUUCAACCCUUUUUGUUUAAUUUGUUUGCUGAUCCUGACAUCAUUCGCCUCCCUAGGUUGUUUAGGUUCCUUCAGUGGCCAUUGGCAAAGUUGAUUUCUGUUCUCCGGGCUCCUAAAAGUAAAGAAGGGUAUGCUGCUAUCGGCGGUGGCUCGCCUUUGCGUAAAAUAACUGAUGAGCAGGCACAUGCUCUUAAAAUGGCUUUGGAAGCGAAGAAUAUGCCUGUGAAUAUAUAUGUUGGAAUGCGUUAUUGGUACCCAUUCACUGAAGAGGCAGUUCAACAGAUUAAGAGGGACAAGAUAACAAGGCUUGUUGUUCUGCCAUUGUAUCCUCAGUUCUCUAUCUCCACAACUGGUUCAAGCAUCCGUGUGCUCCAGAAUAUAUUCAGGGAAGAUGCAUGUCUAUCAAGACUGCCUGUAGCUAUAAUACAGUCCUGGUAUCAACGGGAGGGCUAUGUUAGGUCCAUGGCUGAUUUGAUUGCAAAAGAGUUGGAGAGGUUCCCAAAGCCUGAAGAGGUCAUGGUUUUCUUUAGUGCCCAUGGUGUACCAGUCAGUUAUGUUGAGGAUGCUGGCGACCCCUACAAAGAUCAGAUGGAGGAGUGCAUCUACUUAAUCAUGCAAGAGUUAAAAGCUAGAGGAAUAAACAAUGAUCAUACUCUUGCUUACCAGAGUCGAGUUGGGCCUGUACAGUGGCUGAAGCCCUACACAGAUGAAGUUCUUGUUGAACUUGGUCAGAGAGGAGUAAAGAGUUUACUAGCAGUCCCAGUGAGCUUUGUGAGCGAGCACAUUGAGACACUGGAGGAGAUUGACAUUGAAUACAAGGAACUGGCUCUUGAAUCUGGCAUUAAGAACUGGGGUCGGGUGCCUGCCUUAAACUGUACGUCUUCAUUUAUUACAGAUCUAGCAGAUGCAGUAAUUGAAGCUCUACCUUCGGCAAAAGCCAUGACAAACUCAGAGGGCACAUCUGAAGAAAUGGAUAAUGACCCCCUGAGAUACCUUGUGAAAAUGUUCUUUGGAUCAGUAUUGGCAUUUAUUUUACUCCUGUCUCCGAAGAUGGUACUUGCAUUUAGGAACCAUCUCUUUUGAAUGGUGUUGAAGGAGAGCUGCUGCUAAUGGCCAUGUUUGGUUUGAUGGAAUGGCUAUUACUUGGUCAAUGCAUGAAAGUAAGACAAAGCAAGCUAGGGUGCUUGAAAAUGUAGGAAUAACAAGGUGAGAUUGAGGUUGUUUAUUUUCUUUUAAAUUAGGGAACAAUGUAAGAAUAACUAAUCCAAAGGAGCUAUCCUUACCUUAUUCCCUAAUUCAAAAGAAAAUAGGUCACCCUAGCCUGAUCUUAUUCUUGGAUUGUCAAGUGCUUUUAUCCUGUCUUAUUUUCAUGCAUUGACCAAGUAAUAACCAUUCCAUCCAAUCAAAUAUUGUAGUAGAGAUUCGCAGCCCCUUUUUUGGCUUGAAAUACAGAUAGUUGAUCAGGAUUUUCAUCUUCUUAUUGACAGUAUUGAGCAUAUACAAAUAGAGGAAGGGAUUUUGUCAUGCAACAUUUUGUAGACCUCUUUUCAAGCAUUCAUGAGGUCUUGCUGUUGACCGUAGUUACUCAGAAAUCAGGUCACAGAUGAUUUGUAAUAAACUUGAUGAACAUAUAUGACAUUGUUAUCUUUACACACAGUAGUUACUCAGAAAUCAUUACCAAGUGUGCAGCAUCUAUGUAAAAACACCUUCAAAUUGCCAGAAUGCAGUAGUUACAGAAUGAACACUUAAUGCUUCU